AUGAGGAGUUCCAGGGUAAUCAGCAUUCUUUCUUUAAAGUCUAGUCCUGACACCCUAGAGCACAAUGUAGCAAAGGAUGCUGGUCCUAGAAAAGGGGUUUCAAUAAUGGCUCUUGAAUCUGAUUUGGAGGUGGAGAUGGAGAUUCCUACCAAUAACUCCCAAACGUUUCUUCUUUCUACCAUUUCCACUCCUGUUGCUUUCCAACCAGAACCUGUCAGCUUUGCUUGCAUCCUCCAUAACCACAUGAACCACAUUUCCAUUGCAGAGAGAUAUUCUUGGCUUGAAGAGAAGGCAACCUUGUGGUCCUCAGAUCACUCUUUCAGCACCUUCUGUGGUGCUUUAAUGCAGGCUGACCAAAUAAUAGCAGAGCCACCACCUUCAUCCUGCCAAAACCAGUAUUCUGGAGUCCGCAGAAGCAAGGACCCUGCAGUUUCAUAUAGUUGA